UAUGCUCACGGCUGUAGGAUUAGAGACGUUUAGGGCAUUUUCGAGAAACUCACGUCUUGCAGUUUACAUGGCACAUAAUACACGUAUUAGUAAAACCUACGUUGUACCUCUUGAUAUUUUGUUUAGUUCAACAUGCGUAAAACGCGUGCAAAUGAACACAUUGGAACGCUUCAUUGCACCGGACGAAUGGAUUAAUUCUGCGCUGGCGGAUGGUCAAUGGAAGCCAGUGGAAAACGCUGUACAUUUGAUCUCAAGAAAGUGCAGCCUUUUAUUAAGCACAACGAAUGCAUCGCAGAGAGCAUUUCGUUCAGAGAAGGUAUCAUAGAGUAGCAAAUCCUUUUUGGGAGACUGUUCAGCAACUGUUUGGCUAUUUGAUCUUAUGCGCGCAAGUAUCGCGCUAACUUAUUACAUCAAAUGGAUUCAUUAUUUAAUUGUCUUCAACAGUCUCAGUUUGGUGCGCAUGGUUGGCUACAUUUGAAAGAGUCGUGAUGGUGGAUUAGAAUAAUUGGACGGACACUUACUGUUAACACGUUUGUGCGUAAUUGAACAGAGGAAUUUAUAACGAAAACCGGCAGUGGCCUUUCUCUGUGCUUGGGGAGAAUCGGAGUGGGGGACACGCAGACGAUUUAAUGUUUGCCACAAUAUUGGUUUAUUCCCAUUGACGUAAACAAGAACAUACAACUCUGUAAUAUUAAUUUAUAAUUACUCUCAAAUUUCAAUGCGUAAAAUGUGAAUUAUGUAUGCAAAUAAGGAAGACCUGAAGUUUGUUCUAUCCCAAAGAGCUUUCAUUGACGUUGACUGCCAUUCAAAUUUCCUUCAAACGCACGUCCUUCACCCGCAGACCUAUUUCAUCACUUUCACAUUUUAUUUGCUGUCAGUGAGUGGAUACCAAUUUUGCACAAUAGGAGCAACAUUUAAUAGAAACAUUUAAUCUAGUCUAUCGUCAUUGCAUCUAUUUACAAAGGCAACCGUAGGCUAUGUCUAAAUGCGGGUUUAAAGACCCCUAUUCCAAAGCAGUCGUGCAAAUGGCUUCAUUCCCUGACUCCGACUUGAAGACAUGCCCCCUAUGCAAAGAACUGUGCCGCUCCUCUGCUCCGCUCUCCUCCAACUCGUCUACCUCCUCGUCCUCAUCUCAUACCUCAACUAGCUCAUCUACCUCAUCCUCCAGAAGGCUCCACGUCCUCCCAUGCCUCCAUGCCUUCUGCAGGCAGUGUCUGGAGGACCAGCGGAACCCCGGAGACCCCUUGAAACUCCGGUGCCCGACUUGUGACCAAAAGGUUCUAAUGCCCGUAUCAGGAGUAGACGCCUUGCCCUCGUCAAACUUUUUAUUUAGCAACAUGUUGGAUGCCGUGGUAAAUUCGUCUGAGGAGCAAAUCAACAAUACUGUUAGUAGCAGGGGCAACAACUUGUCUCACAGACAUAGCAGAGCGCCCCUGUGCAGCUCUUGCAACGAGGGCAACCCCGCUACCUCUCACUGCCGAGACUGCCAGGAGUACCUUUGUAACAACUGUGUAUGGGCACACCAGAGGGUCCGGCUUACCAAAGACCAUUUCAUUGAUGGACUAAUGGAGAGUCUGUUUCACCAGCACCUGGGGAACCGAACCAACAACUCUAACACUCCUACUGCCACUCUGAGCCGGUCCCCGAGCUACUCUCUACUCCCUGUCUUUCAGGACAGGCUGAGUUUCUGCCAGGAGCAUGACAAUGUGGUUAUGCAUUUCUUCUGUGAUACGUGCUCUGUGCCUGUCUGGGGGGAGGGCAGUGUGGGUUGUCACUCGGGCCACAGCCUCCGCUACCUCCAGGAUUCCCUGCAGGACUCCAGGACCCUCACCAUCCAGCUGCUGGCAGACGCCCAGCGGGGCAGGCACGCUGUACAGCUGAGCAUUGAGAAAGCCCAGGCCGUUGCCGAGCAGGUGGAACUGAAGGCCAUGGUGGUCCAGUCAGAGGUCAAAGCCAUCACAGAGCGUCAUAAGAAGGCCCUGGAGGAACGAGAGUGUGAACUGCUGUGGAAAGUUGAGAAGAUCCGUCAGGGGAAAGCCAAGUCCCUCUAUCUCCAGUUAGAGAAGCUGCACCAGAACCUCACAAAGCUGGACAUGACCAUCGCUACAGUAACCCAGGUCCUAGAGAAGGGCAGUAGUCUGGACCUGCUGCUGGCCAGAGAGAGCAUGCUCCUCCAGAUCACAGAGCUUAAGGCCCUCAGGGAGCUGUUACUACCGCAGGAUGAUGAUCGCAUCCUGUUCACCGCCCCCGACCAGACCUUGCUCCUCGCCAUCCAGUCCCUAGGUCUGGUCAGCUCUGGGGCCUUCGCCCCCCUCACCAAGGCCCAGGGAGAGGGGCUUUGUCGGGGCUUGCAGGGUAAGCAGGCUUCCUUCACUGUGGUAGGGUAUGAUCAUGAUGGAGAGCCCAGGUUGUCUGGGGGGGACGGUGUGUCAGCUGUGGUGGUGGCGCCAGAUGGUAACCUGCUAAACGCUGAGGUGUCCGACCAUCAGAACGGGUUGUACACGGUCAGCUACCUGCCCAAGGUAGAAGGAGAACAUCUGGUGUCAGUCCUUAUCUGCAACCAGCACAUCGAAGGCAGCCCCUUUAAAGCGCUGGUCAAGUCUGGCCGUAGCUAUGGAGGUAUCCCCUUGCCGGCGGCGUCUUUCGGCAGGGAGGGGGACGGAGACGGGCAGCUGUGUCGCCCCUGGGGGGUGUGUGUGGACAAAGAGGGCUACAUAAUCGUAGCUGACCGAAGCAACAACAGGGUGCAGAUCUUCAAGCCGUGCGGUUCCUUCCACCACAAGUUUGGUACGCUGGGCUCCAGACCAGGCCAGUUGGACCGACCAGCUGGGGUGGCCUGCGACAGCCAGAGGAGAAUCAUCGUUGCCGACAAGGAUAAUCACCGCAUCCAGAUCUUCACCUUUGAAGGCCGGUUCCUCCUCAAGUUCGGGGAGAAGGGAACCAAGACCGGUCAGUUCAGCUACCCCUGGGACGUGGCGGUCAGCUCGGAGGGAAAGAUCCUCGUCUCAGACACCCGGAACCACCGCAUCCAGCUCUUCAGGCAGGACGGCACCUUCCUCAACAAGUACGGCUUUGAGGGGGCUCUAUGGAAACACUUGGACUCCCCUAGGGGUGUGGCCUUUACUCAGGAGGACCACCUGGUGGUGACAGACUUCAACAACCACCGUCUGCUGAUCAUCCGGUCGGACUGCCAGUCGGCCCGCUUCCUGGGAUCAGAGGGAACCGGUAACGGUCAGUUCCUGCGACCGCAGGGCGUAGCAGUGGACCAGGAGGACCGCAUCGUGGUGGCCGACUCCCGGAACCACCGGAUCCAGGUGUUCCAAACCAAUGGUAAUUUCUUAUGCAAGUUGGGGACUCAGGGUAGCAGCUUUGGACAGAUGGAUCGCCCGUCGGGUAUAGCUGUUACUCCAGACGGAAGGAUUGUUGCCGUGGACUUUGGAAACAACCGAAUCAUUAUGUUCUAGGCUAGGCAGUUUGUCUACUGGUUUGCAAAGAAAGAAACAUUGAAGAGGAGAUUUUGAAACACACCCAUCAGAUGCAAAUGUCUUUGUGAGCAAAUGGAGACAGUAAUAUUGAAACUUGACCUUUUCUCUCAGUUAUUACCUCUAUUUUGAAAGAGCAAAUCAAUGCAGUACAUGAACCAAUGCCAACAUGGGGUUAUUGUCAUAAGCUGACAUUUUGAACCCUAUCGUAGGCCUUCUGUGACAGUAUCUGUCUCGAUAGUUGUCUUUGCUCCUGAUGUGUGUGUCUAAAUCUCUGAUUUUCUCAGGGAAUUUCUUGCAUUCUUGAAAGAUUUCCACUGCAUCAUACCUACCUCAUGUAUCUGUGUAUGAAUGUACUCCUUUAUUAUUUGAUGCAGAGAUUUCGCCAGUGGAGUUUUGAUGAAGUAACUACCUCAAUGCAAGAGAAAAGUAUAGUUAAUUAACAUGAAGCAACAUUUGGUUGAUAUUUGCACAGAAAGCGCGCACACAUUUUCUGUAAUUGUUACUGUGCACAUAAAGCGUGUGAAAUCCCAGAAUGUUGCUGAGAACAAUGUAUAAUAAUGACUCGGUGUUACAUACAUGUGGAAACGUGGAGUCAGACGUUUCUUAUAAACUCAGCAACUGUUAUUUUUCCAUUUUGUUUUUGAAUAUGCCUCCAUACCUCUGUAAAACCUUUUUACCUCAUGUCACGACCACAUAGUACCUCAGAACUCCAGUGUCCUCAGGUCUAUAGUACGGUUGAGUCCCAAAUGGCACCCUAUUCCCUAAAUAGUGCACUACAUUUGACCAGAGCGCUAUGGACCCUGGUCAAAAGUAGUGCACUAAAUAGUGAAUAGAUUGUAAUCUGAGACUCUAAAAUGGAUUCUCUCCACAAAAUGGCUGCUGCCAGUUUGCUAUAGGCAGGUUUAAUAUUUGAUAUCAGUGACCAUUGUCAGUUCAGUCAGUCGUGUGAUUUCAGCUUUAAGGGAAAAAACAUUUAACAAGGAAUUGACCACCUUGAAUUGGGUGAAUCAUCAGAAAGUUAACCCACACCACUGCUGAGUCUAAAUCUAUUUACUGAUAUCCAUUUACAAAUCAAUGAAAUCUGUGUAGACUAACUUACCUAAGAGUAGAGGGGUCUAAGAGUAGUGACGUUUCAUUCUGAUAUGUUUGAAGAACAACGUUUCUGCACAUGUUUGGUGGUUUAGGUUGGCACCCUAAUGAUGCUACCAUGUUCCUUUCUUUGUGAUCGUUGUUUGAAAAGUCUAACGUUGCCUCUGUGCCUCGGCUCUGUUCCCGUCAAAGUCAUCCGUUUAGCUUUUUUCCCUUCAAAAUAGAAUGAGUCAUUCAUGGGAAACCGCUCUGAAAGAGAAUAUUGUUUUAUCCUGGUGGCAAAUAAAAUAAUUUUUAAAAGUAAAACUGACCAGUAAAUUAAAAGUGACAGCAUUGAUGUUGAUCUCCAUUGCCUCCAUAGUAUUUUCAAUAGAUAUUCUCCAUAGUAACCCCUAGCUGCUGGUCAGUUGCCUGAUGACCCACUCAUGUAGCCUACAGAUGGCUGAGUAACCAAAGCAAAAGGCUCCACAUAAUUAGAAUUCCAUCAGCUGCUGCUCCCACACCCACAUUCACCCUGCUCUGAACUGUGAUGGCAGUGAGUCGGUUGGUCACAUUAGACGUUGUAAUUUCAGUCAGCACAGCAGUUCCUCUCUAUUGUACCUCCGUCUGAGAGAACAUAACCAGGUCAUUCAUGGUUCCACAGUGGCUAUUAACUACAGAACAUCAAGAACCAGUAAAAAUGCAAAUGUUAAAAUUGAAUUAGUUUUUUCCCCCCACUUUAGCCUGCCCUGUGUUAUAAGCUAUCUGUUCAUAGCUAUUAAUAUUGUGCUUAUAGCUUUAACUGUUAAAGCCAAGUCCCAGCCUCUACUCCCUGUGUCUCUGACUGCGUCUAAUGGGCCAGUAUUUCCUGUCUGUUGAGCCACAUUGCCACAAGUGCUGGUUUACGAGGAGAGCUCGGUUCUGUUCCAAAUGGCACACUAAUCCCUAUAUAGUGCACUAUUUUUGACCCGAGCUUUAUGAGCCCUGGUCAAUAGUAGUGCACUAAAUAGGGACUAGGUAGCCAUUUGGCACACCGCCCUCCUCUGUGAGUUGGUGAGGCACCAUAGCUGUCGGUCUCCAGCUGCUCUAACCCCCAGAAGAGUUGGAAGGCAUGCCAGACACACCUCAUAUCUCCUUUACCUUAAUAAUCACAGCUGGGUGUACAGGGGGACCAGUGAGACGUUGGGCUCCAGACACUGCUUACUCGGUUACAUCCUCUUGAAGAUUGAACCAAAAUGGCCUCUUUUUAGAUAUUGAGUUUCCAGGUGUUUUAGUGGAUUAUUCACAUUGACACUGUUCCAGUGUUGUAGCUUCUGCCUUUUGUUAUACAGGAGAUAAAUUACACAGUUUCUGGGCCAUUUGUGACCAGCAGGAAAGCCAUUGUGACAAAAACAAACGGUAUAAAUGGACUAUUUGAAGUUUUAUUUAUAAAUGGACUUCAAAUAGUCCAUUUAUACCGUUUGUUUUUGUCACAAUGGCUUUCCUGCUGGUAUGACCCCUGGAAAAUAAAUAUCUAUAUCUAUAUCUAUCUCUAUCAUAAACCAGGCAAGUCAGUUAAGAACAAAUUCUUAUUUACAAUGACAACCCACUGUUCCCCGGUAGGCCAACUGCCUUGUCCAGGGGCAGAAUGACAGAUUUUUACCUUGUCAGCUUGGGGAUUCGAUCCAGCAACCUUUUGGUUACUGGUCCAACGCUCUUAAACACUAGGCAACCUGCUGCCCCAUAUAUAUACCUCAUUAUACAGAAAUAUAUAGGUAUAAUGUACAUCUUUACCUCAGUAUUACUGAGCUACGCCCAUUACCUCAUUGCUGAACUGUUAAUACCUCGUUGGCAUGGUUGCAUUUUUCAAACCUCAGAUGUGUGGUCUUAUAGUGUACUGUUACACUAGAGAAUGGAAAGGGAAGGCUUGGAGAAGUUAUGAACAGUUUGAUCAAGUAGAUUAAACCGAGGACAAUGCUGCUUCAAAUCCACACUGAUCUGAUGUAUUUUCAGUACGUUGUUGGUUCCUAUAUUGUUCCUAUAGUUUGAACUUAAGUUUGCAGUUUCUUAAAAGACCUCAAGGUCUUGACACUUAGAAGACAAGACUUGUAUAUAUUCAUUUUAAUGCAUGAUUCAAAAAGUAAUUGUGAGAAAGAUUUGUCACUGCUUUUUAAUUAUUUUAGGGUUAUAUACAGUUAUAGUAUGUUAGGUUGAGGAGGAUGGCUUCCUUUGACUAUAAGAUAGGCUAUUCAGAAAAUAGACAUACUGGGCCCAAUCAAGUUACCUCAUGAUGUCAAACAACAACACAUUUGCCUUAAGUAUUUCAGUUGGACCCUCAUUAGCUACUGCUAAAGCAGUACAUAACACUAUACUAGUAGAGGACAUUCAACAUGUACUCUGUCUAUACUUCCACAGUUGGAAGUAUCACAAUUAAUCAAGAAAACUACCAAGGGCUUAAAGUAAAUGUAACCUUUUUGUUGAACUUUGUUAUUUACCUGUUUCUGUAUCUGCUGUUUGUUUUUUAUUGUCAGGUUGCAAAAUUCUGGUAACUUCACAGGUUUUCAAGAAUUCCAGGUUGGAGGAUUCCUAGAAUCAGGAGUGGAUAAAGAGGGAGGGAAUCUUCCAAAUGGCAUUUCUGGGAAUUGGGGGAAAGUUUCUUUGCAACCCUAGCCGCAAGUAUACUUUGGGCUCCAUUCGAUCCGUAUGGUGGAAAUUCAGCACUGUAGAGAAAUGAAAGGCAACGUUCCCACAUUUCGUGGAGACUGCAUUCACGGUUAACGCUGCAUAUGUCGACUCAAAUCAGAAAUGUCCUUUUUACAUUUUAAUUGCACUAUAGCGCUGAACUUCGAUACAGAUGAAAUCGAGCCUCAGUCUAUCCAGACUAUUAGAAAUGCUCUGUGUACACUCAUCCACAGUAACUUAUCUGGGUGAUCAGUAUGGGAGGAUUCCAGCAUUAGUACUUUUCCUCUCAUGGAGAUAAACAACAGAAGCCUAUCAGUUCAUAAGAACAUGGUCUUAAAUUGACUACAUGAUCACAGUCUAAGUCGAACUCCGGUAGGUAUAAUGCUAGUGUUCCACGUUUUGAAUAAGCAGCUUUUACCUAUUCUGAUGAAAAAAGUUUUUUAAAUGACAUAAGAUGCUUAAUCGGAUAAUUUUUGAUGGAAAAAAAUAUUGAUUAUGAGGGAGUGGACUCAAACAGAUUUGUUUUACUUUUCCAAUGUAUAAUUUUCGUUGGGGUGUGUCUCAUAGUAUGUGAGGAAAAAUGGCUCAAGGAAAAAAUAUUCUGUAUCAUGACAACUCUAUGGUGUUGUAAAAUAUACAUUAUACUGUCAGAUGUCUCUGAUCCUGAUCCCAGUCAGGCCAUUUCAGCAUGGUGAAUGGGGUUUAUUAAUCAUUUGAUACUUUAGGCCAUUUACUCUGGAAUUGUGUUGAACCCAAAAAAUUCACUGUAUGAAAAACGUUGAGGUUGUUUGACCCUUUUGUGGGGUUUAUAUCACCUGGAGUCAAGCCUAAAUAUUGUGCUGUUUCAUUUGAAGUGAAAUGGAAGGAUGCUCCAUAUGGAUUCCACUUAUGAGUGUUUGAAAGGGAUAGCAGUGAGAUUAGGGGACUCUAAAAGAGUUCUUCCAAUACUCCCUCUUCCCUAUACCCUUUAGUGACUGGUUGGAAGUGUUGGUGUGAGCCCUAAAUGCCACCCUGUUCCCUAGAGCACAGGUGUUAAACUCAUUCCACGGAGGGCUGUUUGUUUUCACUUCUUCCUUGUACUUGAUUGAGGAAUUUAGGUCACCUGGUUGUCUUAUGUUUUAGCAGACGCUCUUAUCCAGAGCGACGUGCAGUACUCUUCUGUACUGGUCCCCCGUGGGAAUGGAUCCCACAACCCCGGUGUUGCUAGUGCCAUGCUCUACCAACUAGACACACGGAACCUGGGUUGUCUAGGUCUUAAUUGAAAGGAAAAACCUGCAGACACUAGACUAGGCCAUCCAUGGAAUGAGUGACACCCCUGCCCUAUAGAGGGCACUACUUUUAACUAGUCCUAUCAAAAGUUGUGCAUUAUAUAGGGACUAGGGUGCGAUUUGGGACUCAGGAAGAAGCAUUCUGAAGGAUGUUAGGCAACUGUUAACCUGCCGUCUGCUUCUCGUCUAUAUGGACUUAACAUUUCCUAUGCAGUUUGGGAUUUCAAUAAAAUGGGAUUCUUGUACCCAA